AUGGCGAAGGACAUUGAGGCGGCACCCCAGGGCGGCGAGUUCUCCACCAAGGACUACUCGGACCCGCCGCCGGCGCCGAUCGUGGACUUCGAGGAGCUGACCAAGUGGUCGCUCUACCGCGCGGUGAUCGCCGAGUUCGUCGCCACGCUCCUCUUCCUCUACAUCACCGUGGCCACCGUCAUCGGGUACAAGCACCAGUCCGACCCCACCGUCAACACCACCGACGCGGCCUGCAGCGGCGUCGGCAUCCUCGGGAUCGCCUGGGCCUUCGGCGGCAUGAUCUUCGUCCUCGUCUACUGCACCGCCGGCGUCUCAGGUGGGCACAUCAACCCUGCGGUGACGUUCGGGCUGUUCCUGGCGAGGAAGGUGUCGCUCAUCCGGGCGCUGCUCUACAUCAUCGCGCAGUGCCUCGGCGCCAUCUGCGGCGUCGGGCUGGUCAAGGGCUUCCAGAGCUCCUACUACGUGCGGUACGGCGGCGGCGCCAACGAGCUCAGCGCAGGCUACUCCAAGGGCACCGGGCUCGCGGCCGAGAUCAUCGGCACCUUCGUGCUCGUCUACACCGUCUUCUCCGCCACCGACCCCAAGCGCAACGCCCGUGACUCCCACAUCCCGGUGCUGGCUCCUCUCCCAAUCGGAUUCGCCGUGUUCAUGGUCCACCUGGCCACCAUCCCCAUCACCGGCACCGGCAUCAACCCGGCGAGAAGCUUGGGAGCUGCUGUCAUCUACAACAAAGACAAGGCCUGGGAUGACCAAGUGGAUCUUCUGGGUGGGGCCGCUGAUCGGCGCCGCCAUCGCCGCCGCCUACCACCAGUACGUGCUGAGGGCCAGCGCCGCCAAGCUCGGGUCCUACAGGAGCAACUAAGCCGGCCGUCGCUCCGGCCGGACUGA